AGGACAAAGGAUGGACGUUAACAAAGGAUAAUCCCUUGUCAGCAUAUAUAAUGGUGGAAGAUUUGAGACUUGGACUGCAACCAACGGUAACCUCAUCUUAGACAACACUACACCAUGGCGACUCCAAGUGAUCAACCCAACUGCUUUUUCGAGGUCAAUAUUGGCAAGGAGAAGGCAGGCAAGAUCGUGAUCAAGCUGUACGAUGAAGUCGUUCCCAAGACCGCUGCCAACUUUCGAGCCCUCUGUACUGGCAAGAAAGUGGACGGGGAGACUCUCCCUAAAGACUUUGGUUACCAAGGGACCUCUUUCCACAGGGUCAUCCCUGGCUUUAUGAUCCAAGGUGGUGAUUUCGAGCGAGGAGAUGGAACAGGAGGACAAUCGAUCUAUGGCUCAAAGUUUGACGACGAGAACUUCAAGAGGAAACAUGACAAGCCCGGUCUCUUAUCCAGUGCUAAUGCUGGACCCAACACCAACGGGAGUCAGUUCUUCAUCACCACUGCUGAAAAAUGCGAGUGGCUCGAUGGCAAGCAUGUGGUCUUUGGUGAAGUCAUGGAAGGUAUGGACGUCGUCCAAGCUAUCGAGAAGGUAGGCAGUAAAGAUGGCAAGGUGCCUUCGGACAAGAAGCCCGUGGUGACCAAGUGUGGCACCGUGGAAUGAGCCACUACAAGUCAUAGGAGAUAUGUGUCUGCAUGC